GAGGAGCAACCAGCCAAUGCCAGACCUUUAUUCUCGAUGGUCCCGCCCCCCGUAUCAUCCGCUGGCAUCGUAACCAAUAGAAAGGAGCAGUCGCUGGUAGCACCCAAUGAGAAUCGGAGAAGUGGCACCAUUGGCUGGGGCUGCCUCGCCGUGAAAACUGGGCCACCGCCUCCGUUACCCUGGAGCCCGAGUCGCAGCCCCAGGAGCCUCUGCCCCCGCCCUCGCCCCCGCCCCCUGCUCGGGGUUCAAACACAGCGCAACCUGGCAACCGCAGCCCACAGCCUCCCCCGCACCCUCCCGGGGAGGGACUCCCCCGCCGCCCUCGGGCGUCCGCCCAUUGGUGGGCUGACGCGGAGAUCCAGGGCUGGGAGGAUCCAGAACAUAGAGAAAGGGGGAGAAGACGGACCGGAAUUGGGACACUUCUGGAGAAAAGGAUCCGUGAAAUUAUGUGAAUACCGAUUAUAUAUCAAAACAAUGGGAGAAAGAUCAAGAAUCUCAGAUAUCAAUCAAGACGGAUACUCAGAACAAGAACAAUAUAGUGAUACCUUUUAUUCAGAUGAUUUUGAAAAUUCGUUUGCUUCCACCCAGUCAUCAAUCCAGAAGGCCUAUCAUAAUUCGCCAGUAAGGAAGAAAGGUCCUAAGAUAUACAGUUCAGAUAGUCAUCACCAAGUCUCUAGGAGAACAAGUUCUAAGUUUCCACCAAACAGAAGAGAAUUCAGAUUAGGACAUCGUUCCCAGAGCCUCAACAGGGAGCCUUCUCAGAAAGAUAUCGAUCUUCUAACCAAACGGGUUCUUACUGCCAGACUGCUGAAAAUUAGUGAGCUGCAAAAUGAAGUGACUGAACUCCAGUUCAAAUUAGAUGAGCUGCAAAAAGAAAACAAGGCUUUGAAAAGGCUUCAGUAUAAACAGGAGAAAGCCCUGAAUAAGUUUGAAGAUACAGAAAAUGAAAUCUCACAACUUAUAGUCAGACAUAACAAUGAAAUUAGAGCAUUAAAAGAGCGCUUAAGAAAAUCUCAAGAGAAAGAACGGGCAACUGAUAAAAAGGUGAAAGAUACGGAGUGUGAACUUUAUAGAACAAAAUGUUCUUUAAAGAAACUGAAAAAGCUCUCUGAGGCUAAGCACCUACCUGAACGAGAUGAUCUAGCAAAGAAACUAGUCUUAGCAGAGACCAAAUUAGAUGAUACAGAGAAAAAAAUUAAGGAGCUGUCAAAAAAUCUUCAGCUGAAUGCCAGCAGUUUCCAGCGACAGUUAAAUGUUGAAAAGAGAAGGGCACAUGAAGUUCAGGAUGAAAAUAAAAUUCUCCAAAGGGAGGAAAAAGAGAAAGAACUAGAUGCAAAAAAUAUAUAUUCUAACCGCAUGGUGAGGAAAACUCCUAAGAAAGACAGAGAUGCUUCUCCAAGAAAAAAUGCUGUGAGCUCUAGUGUUAAAGGAGUACAUAGCACAAAAGGAGUACAAACUAUUGAAUAUUACAGAGAAGAAGAGCUUCUAUCAUCGCUAACUUUUGAUUCUCAAGACUCACUCAGACCAGAAGAGGACCAUUUUGCUACCCAGGAACAGAAAAGCCCAAAGAAGGAUGAAGAAACACCUGAGAUUAUAAUUACAGAAAGAGAAGAGAAACAUCUAGAAGAAGAUGAACUAUGUGUUACAAGAGAAGAAACUGAAACUUGUCAAGAUGAUGGUGCAAGAGAGAACUUUGAAUGUCAAACAGCAGGUGUGGUUUUAAUAGAGGAAGAAGAACCUAUAGCAGAAACAGCAGUUUGUCCUAUUGAAAAUGAAAAUAGUGAGAAGUCAGAACAAGAAGAAGAACAAAAACAAGAACAGCAAGAACAAGAACAACAAGAACAACAAGAACAAAACGAAGGCGAAAGACUGAAGAAAGAGAUGUUAAUUGCUAAAUUGAAUGAAAUUGACAAAGAAAUACAUACUUCCCUGAACUUAAAAGGUUCACAUUCAAAAUCAGUCUCUCCAGAGGAAAAAUCUCAAAGUUUCAGGUUCUCAGAAUCCACUGAGAGGUUGUUUACUGGGUUUUUCAGUCAAGAUAGCAAUCAUAAAUCCCCAAAUAAUGCAGAUCAGAAACAAAGAAAUAUUUGGAGCCCAAUCCCUGUCACUGACUUCACAUUUGGUAGUUAUGUGCCUUCUUUUGGGAAAACAUCAGGGAGGUCAAAUGUAUAUAAUCAAAAAAGUGGCAUUUUAGACUUACCAAAAAGCAAUCAAGAUGGUGGAGAUUUAAUUACUAAAAAGGAGAAAAAAUCUAAUCUCAUGGAGCAACUAUUUGGUGCCAAUGCCAGUGCCUCAAGUUCUCUGACUAAUAUCAAAGGGGACUUUGACCCUCUAAAUGUACUCCCUAGGGAUAAAGGUAGCAGAGAGAAAGGACAAGAUGAAGAUGAUGACUUUUUACUCAGUGAAGAGAAUUUUAACCCAAACAGGCAUCGGCUAAAACACACAAACAAUCGACCAGCAGUAAAGGCAGUUGAUUCUUUGGAAGAUGAAGUUGAAGAAGUAGUACUGAGAUGACUAUACAUAUUUUUCCAAUUGUAAAUAUUAUUAAAACAUUUAAAUAUAUUAUUUGUUAUAAAGUAUUUAGAUAUUUUUCAGAUAAUCAACAUUUCCUUAUUUAGGAAUUGUCUUAGUAGUCAAAUAACCGUGGAAAUAGUUAACCAAAGCAAAAGUAAUUUACAUAGCAUAAGUAUUUGGUGUUAUUUUAAUUUGCCAAGAGAGUAAAAAUUAUUUUGAAUGAAAUCGGCUUAAGGCUUUCUUUCUUGGUUUUUCAUCUUUUUUUUCUUAUUGAUAGAUAUCAUCUCUUAAAUCAGCUGAGGUUUUAUUCCUUUGAAGAUUUCCUCUAUCCAAACUCCACUUUAUUAGACUUCCACCCUUUUAACACUAAUCAUCAUAAAACUGAAUAUGUUCAGUUUUCAUUUAUCAUGGGGAGGAAUAAUUGGUGAAAGGAAUACUUCAGCUGACCAACAAACUAGGUGGUGUGGCUCCUGAACACUAGAAAAUGUGUGCCACUGAAAAGCCCUGACCUCAGCUUUGUCACAAUUCCCACCCAGAGAUAGAGGCAGGCAAAGCUGCUUCAGUAAGCAGGGGUAAUGUUAGGACACCCCACUCUCCAGCAUCCUGGCCUGUCAGGCAGUCUCAGUAUCUGAGAUGUAUUUCCCCAAUCUGUGCUAAUAAGAGCAGCAGAGUGAAUACUUAACUUUGUACAAUCCCACUGUUUACCCCCAUUAAUACAUAUAUGCCAUUAGAAGUUAACAAAUGACUAUCUGAAGCAUGCCUACUGAUUUGAUCCAACAUAGAGCUAGAUGAAAAUAGAGUUGAAUAAAAUGUUUUUCUUUUUUUCCUGAAGAAUCUUUGAAAGGAUUUUUUACUAGGCCCAUUAUUUUUUUGUCUUCUCCAUAAGGGUUACACACCAGUGUACCACAGAUCAGAUCAAAUGUGUGGAAUGGAAGUAGGAUAAAAAAUACAGAGAGAGAUAAGUGUGCCCACCUGAGCCUCAUAAUGGAUGCUUCAUCCUGGCUAGGAAAUCCAAGAUUACUUAGGGAAGGGUACUUUUUUAAUAGCCAUUAAGAUCCUGAUCUUAAUGAUUAAGGAAUCUCUUCAGUUCAGACUUUCUUUUGGUUUUAGUGUGACUUUAAAAUAAUAUAUUAUCAAAUAUUUUUAUGCUAUUUCAGAAUGUUAGGAAUAGAGAAUUUUAAAUAAUAUAGCCCUAUUCAACUAUUGGUGAAGUACCAUUGUCUUUGAUAUAAGAAGCACUAAUAAUGCUGUAAUUCCAGAAAUUGAUGAUAGCACUUAGGAAACAUUUCCUAAGUUUUUGAAAGAAAUAUUCUGCAAAGAAGAUUUAUGACAAUUUAAAACUAGAGGAGUCUUACUGUUUCUAUUUCUUCCCCUUAAUAGAAGAAUUUUACCUUUAUUACAUUUAAUUCAGGAAAUAGUCAUAGUAAAUUGACCUAAAGACUCUAUUCAAUUACUUCCCCAUGCAAAUCUGAUUGCUAUGGCUUGUCUUAACACAGCUCCUGAAGACUUCUUCAGCCAUAAAGAUCGUAAAUCCCUGGCAGAUGCAGACAGAUGUGUGAAGUCAGAAGAUAUUUCACUAUGUAAACAACAUUGCUGCCACAACCCCAGAGACUUGUAUGUAGCACAAUCCCUUAAUUUCUCUCUACUAGAUACUUUUAACCAGGCCUGAGAUUUUAUUCCUAGUCUCUUCAUUAGAACUACUAUUCCAGGCCGGCUCUGAGGACAGUCCCUCCAGCAAAAGUACUAUCAUGAUACCAAGAAAGACUACUAGCAGGAUGUCUUCCCAGUGACAGAGAUGUACUUGUAUUUGGCAUGCACAGUUUAUGUUUCCAUUUUAAUUUAGUGUCUACUUUGUAUUCUUAAAUUUUAUCUGUAUAAUGUAAUUUUUGAUACAUUAUUGGCUAAAACUGAAUAGCUAAAUAAAAUAUGUUGGAUAUUAGAUAUACACAUUUAUAGCAAAAAAAAAGAGAUACAGUAUGUAUUUUACUAUGCCUACAGGCACAUAUAUUUCUUGACUCAUUCAGUGAAAAAAAAUAUCAACUCAGAAUUAUGUUUCCGUAGUAAUGUAGUUUUGAAAUUCUAACAUGUGCUGUUAGAGAUCUGAACCUACCUUCAAAUAGACACUAAAAAGUGAGCAUCAGUAUAAUGCCUUGAACCUCUUGAGUUAGUAAGCAGCACAUAUAGUGCCUGCCUUUUAAGACAGUGGCUCUGGUUUGGCAAGUUGAUGUGAGCAAGAGAUAUAUUUUUCAGAUUAUAGUAGUCUUCCCUUCUCCACUGUAAUUGGCCACCAGCUACAGCAGGAGUGUGCUUGCUCUCUCUGAGAGAGAGAGAAAGAGAGAGAGAGAGAGAGAGAGAGAGAGAGAGAGAGAGAGAGAGAGAGAGAGAGAGAGAGAGAGAGAGAGAGAGAGAGAGGUGCAAAGAAUGCAUUCAUGUUUUCUAGAUGCAGCAGAAAGGGAACACUGGUCUAGAAUGAGAAAUGAACAAAAAUAGUGGGGCAAGAAAUGAGUAAAGACUCAAGAAUGCCACAUUUUAUGACAAAUGAUUUAUUCUUCCAUCAAUAUUAUUGAUAAAUUUGUCUAUAUAAGUUUGAUUUCCAAUGACACAAAUGCUAAGGGACAUAUAUGAUAUUUCUUCAUUUAGUUUGGUAAGACAUUUUUCACUAGUCCAGUCUCUAAAAUAUAUUCUCCAUAUCAUCUUAUAAAAUGUAAUGCUUGGAUAUAAAAUGGACAAAAUAGUACUGACCUACAUUAAACAGUACUCACUUUAUAAAGAAAUAUUGAUAUCUAACAGACAAACAUUGAAUAUAUUACAAAUCAUUUUUAACGUUUGUAAAGAAAUUAUUGUAAUACAGUUUUAGUAUGCAAUGAUUCUAAUUAUAUUUAUUAUGUAAUGUUAAUUUUGUGCAUAGCUGCUAAUUUUUCUGCCCACCUGUUCUAAUUAUAAGACUGUUUAGUUUUUAAGAUGUUUUUUAAGAGUUUGAGUAAAGAUUUUAUACUUA